GACAAGAUGGCACAGCUGCUUGUACCACCAGGUCCAGACAGCUUCCGCCCCUUUAGCCGUGAGUCCCUCAAAGCCAUCGAAAGACGUAUCACAGAGGAGAAGGCCAAGAAGCCCAAGGGAGAGAAGAAAAAACGCAAUGAUGAGAAUGUGCUCAAGCCCAGCCGAGACCUGGAGGCGGGCAAAUCCCUCCCUUUUCUGUAUGGGGACACUCCUAAAGGCUUGGUGUCGACACCGCUGGAGGAAAUGGAUCCCUUCUACUGUAAUCAGAGAACUUUUAUAGUAUUAAACAGAGGAAAUGUCAUCUUCCGAUUCAACGCCGCUCCUGCCUUGUACCUCCUGAGCCCCUUCAACCUUCUUAGAAGAAUAUCAAUAAAGAUUUUGGUACACUCAUUGUUCAAUAUGUUGAUCAUGUGCACAAUCCUCGCCAACUGUGUAUUUAUGACACAGAAUGGAUUGCCUGAAUGGGCAAAGGAUGUGGAGUACGCAUUCACCGCAAUUUAUACGCUUGAAUCCCUCAUUAAAAUUUUAGCUCGAGGGUUCUGCAUAGGAAAGUUCACCUUUCUAAGAGAUCCCUGGAACUGGCUGGAUUUCAGUGUUAUUGUCUUGGCGUAUGUAACAGAGUUAAAGGGCCUAGGCAAUUUUUCAGCACUUCGCACAUUCCGAGUGCUAAGAGCUUUUAAAGCAAUUUCAGUUAUCCCAGGCUUGAAGACCAUCGUUGCUGCAUUGUUCCAGUCAGUGAAGAAGCUUGCAAAUGUGAUGAUUCUCACCGUCUUCUGCUUGAGCGUCUUCGCCCUCAUAGGAUUACAACUGUUUAUGGGCCAUUUAAAGCAAAAGUGUUUACGGACAAUUCUUAAUUCCACAUCAGUUGGUCCAUCAUACAAUGGGAGUGACGUAAAUGGAAGCACAUUCAACUGGGAAACAUACUCGAGUGAUAGCAGUAAUUAUUAUUACCUUCCAGGAAGACGAGAUCCAUUGCUUUGUGGAAACGGCAGUGAAGCUGGGCACUGUCCAGAGGGGUUUGUUUGCGUCAGAGCGGGAAAGAACCCAGACUAUGGUUACACCAGUUUUGACUCAUUUGGUUGGGCUUUCCUCUCUCUGUUCAGACUGAUGACCCAGGAUUACUGGGAAAACCUUUACCAGCAGACGUUGCGGGCAUCUGGGAAGCCAUACAUGAUCUUUUUUGUGCUGGUGAUAUUCCUUGGUUCCUUCUACCUGAUCAACCUGAUCUUGGCCGUAGUAGCUAUGUCCUACGAGGAGCAGAGCCAGGCCACCAUAAAGGAGGCGAUAGAGAAGGAGGAAGAGUUUAAGGCCAUGAUUGAGCAACUGAAACUGCAGCAAGAGGACGCUCAGGCAGUAGCAACUGCAGCUGCUGCAGAAAAUGGGGAGGCCAGCGAUAAUGUCACUGGCCCUGAGAGCUCCUCUGACGGCUCCAAGCUCAGCUCCAAAAGUGCCAAAGAGAGACGCAACAGACGAAGAAAAAAAAAGGAGGAGGGCAAAGGGGCUGAUGAGAAGCUUCCUAAAUCUGAGUCACAGGACAGUAUAAGGAAAACUCGCUGCCGCUUCUCUGUGGAGGCAAACCAGAUGAACUAUGACAUGAAAUGUUCAUCUGCACAUCAGUCCUUUCUGAGUUUUCGUGGACCCCUCUUGUCACCCAGACGGAACAGCAGGACCAGCAUUUUCAGUUUCCGAAGCCAAGUGCAGGACAUGGGCUCAGAAAAUGAGUUUGCCGAUGAUGAGAACAGCAUUUUUGAGGACAACCUGAGUCGGAGGGGCUCUUUGUUUCUUCCAAGGAGUCGGGAUCGACGCAGCAGCAGUAUGAGCCAACGCAGUUUCUUGUCGCAUCUCCUACUUUCAUCCAAUGGGAUCAAGCCCAGCUCUGUUGACUGCAAUGGCGUUGUUUCUCUGGUGGGUGGGAAUUCACUCCCACCGUCACCUGGGGGGCUCCUUCUGCCUAAAGCUGACACCACUGACACAGAGUACAGGCAGGCCAGUGGAGGAACACACCAGGAGUUUAUGAACUUCCUCGAGGGCCCAGAGGCCAGACAGAGAGCUCACAGUAUAGCUAGUGUCAUAACCAGCACUAUGGAGGAGCUUGAAGAAUCGAGGCAGAAGUGUCCUCCUUGCUGGUACGAUUUUGCCAACACCUACCUCAUCUGGGAAUGUUGUCCAGCAUGGCUGAAGAUCAAGAGGGUGGUUAAUCAAAUUGUUAUGGAUCCAUUUGUGGACCUAACCAUCACCAUCUGCAUUGUACUCAACACAUUGUUUAUGGCCAUGGAGCAUUAUCCAAUGACCAACGGUUUCUCCUUUAUGCUGUCUGUGGGCAACAAGAUAUUCACUGGAAUCUUCACAGCUGAAAUGGUCCUCAAGAUCAUUGCGUUGGACCCAUACUAUUACUUCCAGGAGAGAUGGAAUAUUUUUGAUGGAAUCAUUGUCAGUUUAAGCUUGAUCGAGCUUUGGUUGGAAAACGUGGGUGGCAUGUCUGUUCUGAGGUCAUUCAGAUUGCUGAGAGUAUUCAAGUUGGCUAAAUCGUGGCCCACACUUAACACACUGAUCAAAAUAAUUGGUAAUUCAGUGGGGGCUUUGGGCAACCUGACGCUGGUUUUGGCCAUUAUCGUCUUCAUCUUUGCUGUGGUCGGCAUGCAGCUGUUUGGAAAACAGUACAAGGACUGUGUGUGUAAAAUCUCUCCUGAAUGUACUCUGCCCCGUUGGCACAUGAGUGACUUCUCUCAUUCAUUCCUCAUUGUGUUCCGAGUGCUUUGUGGAGAAUGGAUAGAGACCAUGUGGGACUGUAUGGAGGUGGCGGGGACCGGAAAGUGCAUCACUGUCUACAUGAUGGUCAUGGUUAUUGGAAACCUUGUGGUGCUGAACCUGUUCCUGGCCUUGCUGCUGAGUUCAUUCAGUGCUGACAAUCUGGCAGGGAAUGAUGAAGACAACGAAAUGAACAACUUGCAGGUUGCCAUCGGACGGAUUCAUAAUGGUUUGGCCUCCGCCAAGUCCGUGCUUCAGAGCAGCUGCAACAGUUUCUGCCUCAGGAGGAAGAAGAAAGGGAAGGGUGAGGACAGAUCUCUGGAUGAGCUCCACAAACCUUUAGGGCCGAAUGGUAUCCCCAACCAUACCAUCAAAGACUUUCCUAGGAAUGGAAAUGGGGAUGUGACCGGAGUGGACAAAAAUGGAGACAAGUACAUAGUCAUUAGCAAGAGUGAUGAUUCUAUAAUGUCUUUCAUCAACAAUCCCAGUCUGACUGUCAUUGUUCCUAUUGCUGUGGGAGAGUCUGACUUUGAAAAUCUCAACACAGAGGACUUCAGCAGUCUCUCGUCUGAUGCAGCAGGAUGCCAUGUGAUUGUAGAUGACGAUGGCCAGUUCAGCUCCUCUGAGGGCAGCACGAUAGACUGUUUGCCAGGCGGGGACAGAGAGUCUGUAGACUUUGAAUUGGAAGAAGCUAUGGAACCUGACGCCUGCUUUACUGAUGGCUGUGUGCAAAAGUUCCAGUGCUGUCAGGUAAAUGCAGAAGUGGGAUGGUGGAAGGUGUGGUGGACGCUUAGAAAGACCUGUUACCGGAUCGUGGAGCACAACUGGUUUGAGAGCUUCAUUAUCUUCAUGAUCCUGCUUAGCAGUGGAGCACUGGCAUUUGAGGAUGUCUACAUUGAGAAGAGGAAGACCAUUAAAACAGUGUUGGAAUUUGCUGACAAAAUCUUCACCUACAUCUUCAUUCUGGAGAUGUUACUGAAGUGGGUGGCAUAUGGAUAUGCCAAGUAUUUUACAAAUGCCUGGUGCUGGCUGGACUUCCUCAUUGUUGAUGUCUCACUCGUCAGUAUGGCAGCCAGUGCUCUGGGAUAUUCUGAACUGAGUGCCAUCAAGUCUCUGAGAACCCUUCGAGCUUUGAGGCCACUGAGAGCCCUGUCAAGGUUCGAAGGCAUGAGGGUGGUUGUCAAUGCCCUGCUUGGAGCCAUUCCUUCCAUCUUCAAUGUGUUGCUGGUAUGUCUCAUCUUCUGGCUCAUCUUCAGCAUCAUGGGAGUCAACCUAUUUGCGGGGAAGUACGGCCAUUGUGUCAACACAACCUCAAAUAAGGAUUUCCAUGUAUCAGAGGUGAAAGACAUGAUACAGUGUAAAAACAUGACCAAUGCUCGCUGGAAGAAUUAUAAAAUCAACUUUGACAAUGUUGGCAUGGGUUACCUUGCACUGCUGCAAGUGGCUACAUUCAAGGGCUGGAUGGACAUCAUGUAUGCUGCUGUGGACUCUCAAAGCAAGCAAGAAGAACAACCAGAAUAUGAGAGAAACAUGAAGAUGUACCUGUAUUUCGUUGUUUUCAUAAUAUUCGGAGCCUUCUUCACACUCAAUCUCUUUAUUGGUGUCAUUAUAGACAAUUUCAAUCAGCAAAAGAAAAAGUUUGGAGGUCAAGACAUCUUCAUGACUGAAGAACAGAAGAAAUACUACAAUGCCAUGAAAAAGCUGGGAUCCAAGAAACCACAAAAGCCUAUUCCUAGACCAUUAAACAAAAUUCAAGGAUACAUCUUUGACUUAACCACAAAACAAGCAUUCGAUAUAAUAAUAAUGCUUCUAAUAUGGCUUAACAUGGUAGCCAUGAUGGUGGAAACUGAAGAUCAGUCUGAAGAAAUGGGCAAAAUUCUCCACAAAAUUAAUAUAGCAUUCAUUGUCAUCUUCACUGGAGAGUGUUUGCUGAAAAUGAUUGCACUUCGCCAUUACUUUUUCACAAAUGGUUGGAAUGUAUUUGAUUUCAUCGUCGUCGUCCUGUCAAUCCUGGGCCUAUUUCUCUCGAAACUGAUCGAGCAGUAUUUUGUUUCGCCAACCUUGUUCAGAGUCAUCCGCUUGGCCCGGAUUGGCCGCGUCCUCCGCCUUAUUAAAGGUGCCAAAGGAAUCCGCACACUCCUGUUUGCCUUGAUGAUGUCACUUCCUGCCUUGUUCAACAUUGGUCUCUUACUCUUCUUGGUGAUGUUUAUCUAUGCCAUCUUUGGCAUGUCAAACUUUGCUUAUGUCAAGAGGGAAAGAGGCAUCGAUGACCUUUUCAAUUUUGAGACAUUUGGCAACAGCAUGAUCUGUUUGUUCCAGAUCACCACUUCAGGAGGAUGGGAUGGCCUACUUGCUCCCAUUCUCAACAAACAUGACGAUGAGUGUAACAAUACCACAGAGCAUCCUGGCAGUCAUGUUAAGGGAGACUGUGGGAAUCCUCCUGUGGGCAUCACUUUCUUUGUGAGCUAUAUCAUCAUCUGUUUCCUGAUCGUGGUGAAUAUGUACAUUGCAGUUAUCCUAGAAAACUUCAGUGUGGCCACUGAGGAGAGCGCUGACCCACUAAGUGAGGAUGAUUUUGAAAUUUUUUAUGAGGUCUGGGAAAGGUUUGAUCCUCAUGCAACACAGUUCAUGGAGUACAAUAAGCUGUCAGAAUUUGCAGAUGCUCUGGACCCACCAUUGCGCAUAGCCAUGCCUAACAAGAUGGAACUGAUCUCUAUGGACCUACCAAUGGUGAGCGGUGAACGCAUACACUGCCUGGACAUCCUGUUUGCGUUUACAAAACGUGUUCUGGGCGAGGGUGGGGAGAUGGACAUUCUAAGGGGGCAGAUGGAGGAGCGCUUCAUGGCCUCCAAUCCUUCUAAAGUGUCUUACGAACCCAUUACUACAACCCUCCGCCGCAAACAGGAGGACACAUCAGCCACUGUCAUCCAGAGAGCAUUCAAGGAGUAUGUAAGGAAACAUACUGCUAGGAAUCCCCCUGACACAUCCAGUGAUAACAUUCAAAAGGAUAAAACAACCAUUGACAAAGGGGAACUUGUCUCAGGCAAACUACAAGACACUUCUAGUGCCGAUAAAAGUGAACUGGCACCUUCAACAGCCCCUCAACCUUCAUGUAACAAUGAGACAACUAAUGGAAAAAACAAAUAUGAAAAAGACAAAAGUGAAAAGGAGGUUGAGGGCAAAGAUGUUGGAGAGCAAUAUAAGUAA